AUGGGUACACCACUUACCGAAACGGUUAUCAUUACUGGUGGAAAUGGAUUAUUGGGCUCAGGAAUCGCCAUCGAAAUCGCAAAGAAGCAACCCUUCGUCCAUCUAUUAUUGACGGCACGGGAUAUAAGGACCGACGAUGUCCGCGAACUGAUGGGGAAGAUCCGCCUGAUCGGCCCCAGGUCGAUCGAGGUCCUCGCUCUGGAUUUGACUGACCUGAAAUCUGUGGCAUCUUUUGCCAAAACCACCGUCGAUCGGGUUCGCUACAAAGACAUCCCGCCUGUGACCAGUCUGAUUCACUCUGCUGUCGCUACAUCUUACGUUAUUGAUGACCUCACAUCAGACGGCUACGACCCUGUGUAUCAGACCAAUUGUCUAUCUCCAUUUUUAUUGACCACUGGACUCCUCGAGGCUUUCCGGGCUGGAGAUGGUACACCAAAAGGCGGCGCCAAGGUGAUCAACAUCGGCUGUUCUGCGACAUCUUCUGGGAGACUGGAUUACUUCAAUCACGACAAUGGAAGAAACGGAAAGCGGCCGGGGACUGCGCUGAGUGCAAAGGAAGAGAAUAUUCGCUUUGGAAGCAGCAAGUUAAUGGGGAGUGUCGCAUUAUACGCAUUGAGGCGGAGCUUGAUCUGGACUGGCAAUAUAUCGCUUGACAUCUUUACCUUGGAUCCAGGAGGCAUGACUGGCCCGAGCAACCUGCGGACUGGGGCGCCUAUGUCGGUCAGAGUCGCACACCAGACUCGGACCGGGUUUCGGCCAUUCUUGCGCAUGGUAUCCCGAAGCUCCAUAAACAAGGUUAGUGUGCCAGCCAAGGCGAUCGCCAAAGUUGCAUUCCGCGUCGAUACGGUGGAGAGCUGGCAAAAGGAACGCUAUUUUGUUCUCGACACCGAUUACGAGGCCGCAUCCGUCUUGCCGAGCUUACGCGAUGAGGGACAAGUGAACAAGCUCUUACUACAGAUGAUGCAAAUGAUUGAUGUGGAAACAAAGGAGAUGGAUCCUCCUGCUCCUCUUCGGCCUCAUUUGACACCGCGCCGGCUUGUGACAGCGCCCGCAAUGAACCGACACGUCCUUGAAAAAGGCCACUCUGCCUACCCUAGGGGUUCUGCAUUUUCAAUCUCACCAAACAGGUUCCAGCCUCGUUCACAACCUGCCCUCCGGAGACGCCGACAGCUCUUUCAGCGCCUCUGCCUCCUUGGCUGCGUGUCACUCGUGCUGUUCCUCUUGAUCUUCCCAUCCUGGCGCGCCGCCAUCCUUCCCACUAUCUCACUCGGUCUUCUCUCCUAUCCCGGUGAUUUACACCUACAGACGGUCCGGUAUUAUGAUUUAUCAGAAGUGCAAGGCACGGAGAAGGGCUGGGAACGUGGAGAACGUGUCCUGAUGUGCACCCCGCUCCGAGAUGCCUCGUCGCAUCUCCCGAUGUUUUUCUCACACCUUCGAAACCUCACAUACCCGCACAACCUAAUUGAUUUGGCAUUUCUGGUAUCCGACUCUCGGGAUGAUACCCUAGGCAUGCUGUCGCGCAUGUUGGAGGAUAUACAAAAUGACCCAGACCCGAAAAUGCCCUUUGGGGAGAUCUCGGUGAUCCAGAAGGAUUUCGGCCAGAAAGUCCAGCAGGAUGUGGAAAGCCGCCAUGGAUUUGAGGCACAGGCCAGUCGACGCAAGCUAAUGGCACAGGCGAGGAAUUGGUUGCUGAGCGCAACGCUGCGUCCAACACACAGCUGGGUCUACUGGAGAGAUGCGGACGUGGAGACUGCUCCGUUCACAAUCAUUGAGGAUUUAAUGCGGCACAACAAGGAUGUUACCGUCCCGAAUGUUUGGCGUCCACUUCCAGAUUGGCUUGGCGGAGAGCAGCCCUACGAUCUGAACUCCUGGCAAGAAUCUGAGACUGCAUUGGCGCUCGCAGAUACCUUGGAUGAGGAUGCUGUCAUCGUGGAAGGAUAUGCCGAGUAUGCUACAUGGAGGCCUCAUCUUGCCUACCUCCGCGAUCCCUACGGCGAUCCAGACAUGGAGAUGGAGCUGGACGGGAUUGGAGGUGUCAGUAUCCUGGCGAAGGCCCGGGUGUUCCGUGCUGGUGUGCACUUCCCAGCCUUCAGUUUUGAGAAGCACGCCGAGACGGAAGGGUUUGGCAAGAUGGCUAAACGGAUGAAGUUCUCGGUUGUGGGACUGCCGCAUUACACUAUUUGGCAUCUAUACGAGCCCAGUGUCGAUGACCUUCGACACAUGGAGCAAAUGGAGGUGGAGCGACUGGCUCGCGAAAAAGAAGAACAAGAGCGAGCCGAGCAAAAGGAUGGCGCCCAGUCCAAGCCCCUGGGUACCGAUCAAACUGCGGAUGGUGCAGAAGUACAAGGCUCUGCUGAAGGCCCGGCUGGACAGCCCAUGAAAGACGCCAUGGAUUCCACCCAGGGCCACUUGAAAGCCCAAGCCGAGACAGUCGACCAAGCUGAGAGAAUCGAAGUAGUUGAGAGAGCUAACCUAUGA